AUGUGUAUGUGUAAUAAUUCCACUCACUGGUUCUAUUUCGCGCUACAGUUCUGCUGGAUGCAAGGAGUCCAGGCAUGGAUCCGACGACUGACAGCGCGAUGGCGGUAUGCAAAAGAGAGAAACUACUGUAAUAUUCGUAAUUACUCACUUGCUGGCUACUGGAUGGUUUCUGUACGACCUUUUUCUUGUUUUGAUCUCCUGAAAUAUUCAAACAUCAACUUGGACCCAUACACGGAAACAUAUAGCAUAACAUUCUACCUGCACUACCUGUCUAUGUGGCCCGAGCAUGUUCAGGUUCUGGAGUCUCCCACACUGGUAGCUUUCGGACCCAAUGUGGGCCCACAACAAAGUGAGACAUCGUGGAAGGCCAGUACAGAAACGGGCUCAGGAUCAAGUGACAAAACCGAUUCAAUUCCAACCACAUGUGGUAGAUUAAUGGGUUAUAUGAUGGGAAAAUCUGAAGGCCGUGGAACGGACUGGCACGGUCAUGUGACAGCGCUGUCGGUCGCCCCGGAGUACCGUCGCCUUGGUUUAGCCACUCAGUUGAUGUUGGAUCUUGAAGAAACAUCUGAUCGAAAACGGUGUUACUACGUCGAUUUGUUUGUACGGGCAUCCAAUAAGCUAGGUCUGGAAAUUUACACGAAACUCGGUUACACCGUAUAUCGUCGAGUGUUAAACUACUACUGGGGAUCUUUGGAGGAUGAAGAUGCCCUAGAUAUGCGAAAAGCGCUGUCAACAGACGUGGACAAAAGAUCGACGAUUCCAAUGAACAGGCCUGUUCGACCCGAAGAACUGGAGCAUCCAUGAACAACCCUCACAGUCCAUUGCAACUCAUGAGUCAAAAAACACUGUUGGUUGAAUAAAAAUAUAUUGACUUCAAUGUACUACUGGUCAAAUCGAAACAAUGAGAAACCAAGUUAAGACGUUGAAAUAACACGUAUGGGAGUGGGAAAUGUGGGGAUCACAGUUGGUGAAUUCGAACACUCCCUCUACGAAGCUAUCAGUGUGUAUGCGCUGCCAUAUCCUCCAAUCGCCUGAAACGGAAGCGGGCGAAAUGAAUACAUUAACAGAGAAAGGUUCGAUGAGCAGUAAUGAUCGAUUCUCUCACAAUCAAAUCGUUUAAGGGGGACGCAAACAGAGCUUAUUUGAUCAAAAGCAUCUACCAUAUAUUAUCGAAUAUAAGCCGAUGAUUUUUGG